CAAAUUUCUAUUGCUAACCCUCACUCUCCAGCUUCCAAAGCUACACAGAAAAUCUUCAAAACCAAAACCCUGAACCCACCGUGGCAAUGAACUCCUUACUUCACCUCCCUAAACCCCAUUUCCCUCCCACCUUCCUUACACACCCAAAACCCCAAACCCAACUCUCAACAAAGUCCUUCACUCAAUAUGGCACCCUCCUUCAUGACCCGAAAACCAUGGUGGGUCUACUCGGGGCGGGUCUGACCCUGACUCUGACCGUUAUGGCACCCGCCUCAGCCGCUGAGUUACCGUUACUGGAUUCUCUGCAGCUCAGUGAACCUGCCAAUGCCCUCUCCCUGCCCACCUGGGCCAUACACGUGUCAAGUGUCGUUGAGUGGAUUACAGCAAUGGUGUUGGUGUGGCAGUAUGGUGAGAAGUCCGGGUUCGAAUCGUGGAAAGGGCUCGCUUGGGGUAUGGUUCCUCUUCUUGGUGGAGCAUUCUGCGCAUGCACUUGGCAUUUCUUUUAUAACUCGGAGUCUCUUGAGGUAUUGGUGGCUCUUCAAGCGGCCCUGACAGUUAUGGGCAAUGCCACAAUGUGUUUUGCUGCAUAUCGAAUUUACAGAUCAACUGAAGAACGGUCCAAGAAGCUUUGAAGUUGCUAUAGAACAGACAAAUCUCUUCCUAUUCUUGCUUCAGCUAGGUACCUAGGGAAAGAAAGCAAUCUCUUCAUCAGGGCAGUAAGGUAUACAUGUUGAGGAAGAAGCACAGAUUAUUUAAAUCAACCAUAAGUAUCAGUUGGUGCGCAUGAGGCAAGAACCAGGAUUUUCGCAGCACCAAACACUGAAUAUAAUUUCGAUUUGACAUCAUUUGCCUGUGAAGGUGUCAUUCCUUUGUUCUGAUGACAAAAUGUUGUGGAGUCCCAUGGUCUGCGUCACCAUG